CCCAAAUCUACCUACCUGUUCCUGCCUGAGAUUCUGCCUCUUUUUCUUCUCCUCUUUUCUUCGAAUCCCCCUCCGUUCCCACCAUACCCUGUCUAUAUUGACAGCUCGCAAUCGCUCAUCUCAGCUUGCCGACCACACAAGGCCUCUCCAUGUCUAUACAAGCUCUUUAAGCUGACAAUUGCCCACCUUGCUACCCCAGUGUGCCCCUUCGCACACUUUCACCACUAUCUUUUCUACAUUGCGUCCCUCACACGGGAUCCCUUAACGAAUUCGGCCUAAAACCGAAACACUCAGAAUCCAGAGCCCUUACAUUUCCGAGACUUCAGACGACGGACAAGCGAACCGUUGAACAAGCCGUUGGUAGUUGUGGCCGCUUUGCAAGCAUCAAACAUUUGCAAAUCGAUGUCCGUGGUCCACACAGCUACAUGCCUCAUCUACACAAUUGGGCGCUAUAAGUUUACCGUCUCCCUAGCCCUACGAAUCUACGAUACACGGACGGACCUCAAAAACCACACGUAUUCCCCGCCUCGACAGCACAAGGCAAAGCAUUUCCGCCCGUCCACCACAGGCUGGUCAGCCCUUCCCUUCGCUGCCUAGAGGUACUCGGUCUUCUAACCAGACUUGAACCCUGGCCAAAAAAACACCCUGGUUCCCACGGCAGCGACGGUCCGGCGCCCUGGAAAGGAUCCACAACAACAAUUGAUUGUCCGGGCGGCGCAUUCCAGGCACGCCAGGCACUGCUAGGCUAUAGGCUUUGCUAACCCCCUAUCUUUUUUCCUUUGCCUCGACCAUGACGGCGAUCAUAUCGCCAGCCUCGUCUCCAGCGACCUCUCCGCCCGCCAUCGACACCUCGGCCUCGACCUCAGCCGCUCAUCCCCCACUUCCUCCGCUCAUGACCUCGCCGCCCGCUCGCAGGAGCGCGCUACCGCGGCCAAUGUCGCACGCGUCCAAGAACCGCCUGUCGCAGUACUCGACUGUGAGCUCGAUUCCCUCACGCUCCCGGCCGCCCUCUCAACUGUUCCCCAUCUAUCCAUCCAGUCUGCCGUACACGCUGGUGCGAGACUUCGCCUACCCCGUGGGUCAUCCUAUGCACUAUGGACCCCCACCGGAACCUUCGCGGCCACCCUCAGGCAUGACUACCCCAGCCAGCGAGCAACGGCGCCUAUCUGACCCUCCGACAUCUUGGGAUCGCCACAGCUGGGAGAACUCAUGGAGCAGCGACGGCUGGGGACGGGCGAACGAUCUCCCCGCGAUGCAGUUCGCCGAUGGUCCUCCGUGGAGCGAGGAUGAAGAUCUUCAGAGCCCUGUGGUCAGUUCGCGACACAAGAAGAACAAGUCAGCUGGCGGCAGUGGCGGCAGUGGCUAUGGUGCGGGAAGGAGCGGCGGUGGUUCGGUCAUGAACCCGAGCAACUACGACCGGGAGAGGGGUUACUACGUUGGCACCAGUGGGGAUGGCAGCGAGCGCUACUACGUGAACCAGGGAGGCGAGGCUAACGGGCCGGGCGGCGAGUACGUGACGUAUCCGGCCGAUCAGGCACGCCACAGCGCAUACCAAGUUGCCGACCAACAGCCACGCCAGUACGAAGACGAUUACCCAUCCGACUUGGACGACUCCAGCCCUGGUGGCUAUCACGAGACGGACGAAUCGCGUUAUUCGCGUGAUUACCAGUUUACAAUUACCUCUCCCGAUGAGGAGAUGCACGGUAAGGCCGUGGCGCUGUACGACUUCCAGCGGGAAGACGAGAACGAGUUGCCUUUGGUUGAGGGUCAAAUCAUCUGGGUGUCGUAUCGACACGGACAGGGCUGGUUGGUUGCGGAAGACCCGAAAACGCAAGAGAGCGGACUUGUACCAGAGGAAUAUGUGCGGCUGCUACGCGAUAUCGAAGGAGGUAUGAACAGCCUCACCGGCCAGCUUAGCGAAAGCCCUGUUAGCCCGGUGGAAGCUGGAACACCGACUCAGGCGGAACACACUGCUGCUACCUCUGGCGGAUCUUUUGGCCACACUCCCACACAAAGCCUAAGCUCCAACAGUGGUGGCGGGUCUGGUGUGAAUGGCAACAACAAUAACAACAGCAGCAACAACAACAAUAAUAAUAACAGCAGCAACAGCAACAAUACCCACUCGACACCAAUCUCAAGCUCCAAUACCAAUGGGUAUGGACACAGCCACUCUGGGUCCGAUUACAAGUACCAUCAGCCGGUCGUAUCAACCUUCUCAACGUCAAGCAAGGACCUCGAUCCCUAUCCGCAACACCUUUUGGGAACACAGGCUGGCCAAGCUCCACCGCAGGUCGUCCACUAUCAUGGACAACGGGGUGGCAGUCAAGCGAACACGCCCACGAACUUAUUUCAUGAUGCCGGUUUGAUGCGCCGCGGCAGUCAGGACACUGUCGGCAGAAACGAGAGGAGGGGUAGUGAGCAAGGGACGUUGCAGACCUUGCUUGGCGCGAGGCUGGAAAAGACAGCGAAAGAAGCUGCAAUAGAAAACCAGAGUAUCAGCGAAGAGGCUGAGCCGGAGGUCGCGAUGGAUCUCAAGCCACAAAAGACAGGGGAAGCGGCAGCGGAAGCGGACAGGUGAUGAAGGUGGAAUGUGCAGGGGUGGUGGUGAUGAUGAUUGCUAUAUGCGACACGACGCAAUGUCCUGCUGAAAACUGAGGCUGAAAGCGGGCUCAGUCAUUUAAAGCGAAGGGAGUAUAAGGCUGGAGAGGGAGCGGUGAUAAUGAUCGAAUAAUCCCCAUGUAAUGGACGAUAGGGAGACUCAGGCUACUGACAUGAGCAUACUUUAUCAGGGAGCGAUGUAGAACGGAACAUUGCGACUUAAUGACGUCCACUUUCUUGCAUACUCAUCCAUCAUUCCUGUUCUCGCUCUCUUUGCGCUUUCGUUGGGAGUUUGCAUUCUUCUUCUUCCUGUUAUUUUCCGUCACCAUCUGAAUUGGGUAGCAGCGCAAUCGAGAUAAUCAAGGGCUGAGGAGGAGCUAGAAGGGGAGAGGCAGGAGUACGAGGAGCUAAAGUAAGCCGGGAUAUCACUUAUUGUCCAAGCAGUUGUUCUGUGUACAGAUUGCAGAGACUGACAGCGUGGUCUGGUCGAACAAAAGGAAUUAAUACGGUGCUACGGAAGCUAUACGUAAUGCACAACGCUCAAAAGUCAUUCGUCAUAUUCCCUAGCCACUGCCUUUGGACUCUGAAAUUGAUGAGUGAGCCAAGGUGCUAGGAGCAGGCGUCAAAUCAAGAAUCAGUACACUGCAUAAAGACUAGGACCUUACUAGUAGUAGCAUGUUAAUCGAGCCCACCCGAACUGCACCGAUAUCUCCGCAUCCUUUUGUUGGCAGCCUGGGUGGUAAGUACGCAGUAUACUGAGAAACCCACCCUGGAUA